AUGUCGGAAACGGUACCAAUCCCAGAGCCCUGGGGGCUGCCGCUUCUCGGCAACAUCAAUGAGAUCAACCCUGAAUUUCCCCUGGGGUCCAUGAUGUCGCUGGCCGAUCAAUACGGCGAGGUCUACCGUCUGCGUUUCCCUGGCCGCUCGAUCGUCGUCGUCUCGACGCGAGCUUUGGUCAAUGAGACCUGCGAUGAGAAGCGAUUCAAGAAGUCCAUCAACUCGGCGCUAAAUGAAAUCAGAGAUGGCGUCCACGACGGCCUUUUCACAGCGAAAAUGGGUGAGGAGAAUUGGGGCAUCGCACACCGCGUUCUCAUGCCUGCAUUCGGCCCCCUUUCAAUUCGCAACAUGUUCGAUGAGAUGCACGACAUCGCCACUCAAUUGACACUCAAGUGGGCACGAUACGGCUCCGAAUCGCAGAUUAUGGUCACCGACGAUUUCACCCGAUUGACCCUCGAUACCCUGGCAUUAUGUUCCAUGGGUUACCGUUUCAACAGCUACUAUUCGCCAGUUCUUCACCCAUUUAUUGAGGCAAUGGGCGAUUUCCUGGUCGAGGCCGGCAACAAGUCUCGCAGGCCGCCCCUGCCAGGAGUUUUUUUCCGCGGACGGGACCAGAAGUUCAGUGACGAUAUUGAGGUUCUCAGAAGCACCGCGAGAGAAGUUCUGGAGGCACGAAAGGCCGAGGGAGAGAGGAGCACCCGUCGCGACUUGCUGACGGCCAUGCUGGAAGGAGUCGACUCGAAGACCGGAAAGAAGAUGACUGAUGAGAGUAUCAUGGACAACCUGAUCACGUUUUUGAUUGCCGGACACGAAACAACAUCUGGUCUCCUUUCAUUCGCCUUCUACCAGCUUCUGAAGCACCCGGAGGCCUACCAGAAGGCCCAGCAGGAAGUCGACAGCGUCGUCGGCAAGGGACAGAUCAAGGUCGACCACCUCUCGAAGCUCCCUUACAUCAACGGCGUGCUCCGCGAGACCCUCCGCAUCAACGCCACCAUCCCGCUGUUCACCGUCGAGCCAUUCGAGGACACCCUUCUCGGCGGAAAGUACCCGGUCAAGGCGGGCGAGACCAUCAUCAACCUGCUAGCCAAGUCCCAACUCGACCCCUCCGUGUACGGCGAGGACGCCAACGAAUUCAAGCCGGAGCGCAUGUUCGAUGACAACUUCAACCGCCUCAACAAGGAGUUUCCCAACUCGUGGAAGCCGUUCGGAAACGGCAUGAGGGCGUGCAUCGGUCGGCCCUUUGCUUGGCAGGAGGCCCUCCUGGUCAUGGUCAUGCUUCUCCAGAACUUCAACUUCGUUCUGGACCCGAACUACACCUUCGGCGUCAAGCAGACGCUGACUAUCAAGCCGAAGGACAUGCACAUGCGCGCCAUCCUGCGCGACAACCUGACGCCGACGACGCUGGAGCGUCGCUUGGCUGGUCUCGCCGAGCCCGAGAAGGCCCCCGCCUCCGCCAAUGGCAACGCCAACGGUGCAGCUGCUGAAAGCAAGGACGGAAUGCCGCUCACCAUCCUUUACGGUUCCAACAGCGGUACUUGUGAGGCUCUGGCUCAGAGAGUUGCGUCGGAUGCUUCGUCUCACGGCUUCCGCGCCACCAAGAUCGACUGCCUCGACAGCGCCAAUGGCAGUCUGCCGACAGACCAGCCGGUAGUCAUCAUCACCGCUUCUUAUGAGGGUCAGCCUCCCGACAAUGCUGGCCACUUUGUCGCAUGGAUCGAGGGCCAGGACAAGGAGAAGGCACCUCUCAAGGACGUCUCCUACGCCGUCUUCGGAUGCGGUCACAAGGACUGGGUGCAGACCUUCCACCGUAUCCCCAGGCUCGUCGACAGCACCAUGGAACAGCUUGGUGCGACGCGUUUGGCCGAGGCCGGUCUCACCGAUGCCUCUACCGGCGAGGUCUUCACCAACUUCGAGAGCUGGGAGGAUGACGUUCUCUGGCCUGCACUGACCAACAAGUACAAGACCACGAGCGCAGAUGACAGCAAGACCAAGGGCGUCGACGUCACCAUCAGCAACCCUCGCACGUCCGCACUGCGCCAGGAUGUCAAGGAGGCCUCUGUCGUCAAGGCCCAGACUCUCACGAAGGGCGGCGACCCCAGAAGCAUCAAGAAGCAUGUCGAGAUCAAGCUACCCGAGGGUAUGACCUACACCGCGGGUGACUACCUCGCCGUUCUCCCCAUAAACCCCAAGGAGAACGUACACCGCGCCAUGCGCCGCUUCCACCUGGCUCGCGACGCCCAUCUCAGCAUCAAGACGGACGGACCUACCUCGCUGCCCAUCGACAGCUCGGUGCCGGCGAAUGAUCUCCUGAGCUCGUACGUCGAGCUCUCGCAGCCUGCGACGAAGAGGAAUCUCCUCGCUCUGGCAGAGUACGCUAAGGAUGAGGAGACCAAGGCAACCCUGAACCGCCUUGGCGGCGACGCCUAUGCCGAUGAGGUCAGCGCGAAGCGCGCUUCAGUUCUUGACCUGCUGGAACGCUACCCUUCCGUUGAGUUGCCCAUCGGCGUCUUCCUUUCUAUGAUGCCGCCCAUGCGUGUCAGACAAUACUCUAUCUCAUCUUCCCCCAUGGCCUACCCUUCCAACGUCACCCUCACCUUCUCCGUUCUUAACGAGCCGUCACUUUCCGGUCAGGGCCCUUACAUCGGCGUCGCCUCAUCCUACCUCGACUCGCUCGCCGAGGGCGACACCCUCCACGUCGCCAUCCGCCCAUCCCACGCCGCCUUCAGCCUCCCCUCCGACCCCGAGCGAACGCCCAUGAUCUGCGUCGCCGCCGGCACCGGUCUCGCCCCCUUCCGCGGUUUCAUCCAGGAGCGCGCCACCAUGAUCGCCGCGGGCCGCACGCUGGCGCCCGCGCUGCUCUUCUUCGGCUGCCGCUCCCCCGAGCACGACGACCUCUACCGGGACGAGUUCGACAAGUGGGAGGAGGCCGGCGCCGUCUCGGUCCGCCGCGCCUUCAGCCGGGACUGCGACAAGAGCGAAGGCUGCAAGCACGUGCAGGACCGCAUGUGGAAGGACCGCGAGGAGCUCGUGGAGCUCUGGAAGCAGGGCGCCAAGGCCUACGUCUGUGGCUCUCGCGGCGUGGCGGAGUCGGCGAAGGAGACUAUCAUCAAGAUCAAGGUUGAGAUGGAGAAGGCCAAGGGUGAAGAGACGGAUGCCGAGGGUGUCAAGGAGUGGUUCGAGGCGUUGAGGAACAUCCGUUACGUCACGGAUGUGUUUGACUAG